CACCGGGCAUGGCCGCCCCCCGCCGCCGCGCCCCGCGAUAGCCCCACGACCCGCCGCGUCGCCGAGGUGUUCAUCUCGGUGGGGCCACACUGACCAUGCUGAGGAGCUUCUGUCUCCAGCUCAUGUCCUUGAUUUGGAUCCUCUUGGCCCAUCACCAGCUUGUGCAAGGUGAUGACUGCAGUGAGCGCUGUAAUCUCGCCCAUGGCUGCUGUGACCAGGAUGGGAAGUGCAGGUGUGAUCCAGGCUGGGAAGGCGAGUACUGCGAGGAGUGCGUGCGUAUGCCGGGGUGUCUCCACGGGACGUGCCACCAGCCUUGGCAGUGCAUCUGUCACACUGGCUGGGCCGGCAAGUUCUGUGACAAAGACAUACACAUCUGCGAACACCAGUCCCCAUGCCAGAACGGGGCUCAGUGCAUCUAUGAUCGAGAUGGGGAAUAUUCCUGCUUGUGUCCAGAAGGUUUCCAUGGAAAGGAUUGUGAGAUGAAGACAGGGCCUUGUGAGAAGGCAGGGUCUCCGUGCAAGAAUGGUGGGCAAUGUCAAGACGAAAACGGCUUCGCCAGCAACUUCACCUGCCGGUGUCUCGCUGGCUUUGUGGGGGCUCUCUGUGAGCAUGACGUGGACGACUGCCUGAUGCGCCCCUGUGCCAACGGUGCCACCUGCCACGACGGCAUCAACCGCUUCUCCUGCCAAUGCCAGGUGGGCUUUGAAGGGCGUUUCUGCACAAUCAACAUCAAUGACUGUGCCAGCCAGCCGUGCAAAAAUGGAGCAAAGUGCUAUGACCGCAUCAAUGACUAUGACUGCUUGUGUCCUGACCGUUUCACUGGCAAAACCUGUGAGAUCUCCGUCCCAGAGCCCACCUGGUCUCCACCCUACCACCCUGCAAACCGCGAGAAUGGCGGGGCUGUGGAAAGCACCACCAGUGAGAUGCCGGGCGUGACGCAGCCAGAGCCUGUCAGGACUGCGGUCACGGGGCGGCGCGUGGCCAACCACAGUGAGAAAGAGCUGGGGGGAGGGUUGUUGAAAAUCUCUGUGAAGGAGGUGGUGACCCAAAGAGACUCUGGGCUGAGCGAAGCCCAGCUGGUGACAGUGCUGGUGUUUGGGGUGCUGACAGCAGUGCUGGUCCUCAUCACUGUCCUGCUAAUGCUGAGGAACUGGCAGAGGGGCCGUCAGAGGUCGAACUGGUGCCAAAGCCCUUCUCAGGCUGCAAGGAAGCUCCAAGACCAGGAGUGUCAGGUGGGCAUGCUCAACACCAUCUUGAUCGAGCCAAGGAAGACGACAGAGCUGUGAGCUGCGAGCUGCGAGGACUCUGAGCCAGGCCCUGGCAGGUCAUCAUGCUGGCAAACCCCUCAAACUGCAUCCUGGGGAGCCGCACUGUCACCAACCGGGCAGCGGGGAAAGGCUUCCAGGGCAGCGAACACAUCAACAAAACCCUGGGUGUUGAGCACUGGUGUGAUGACCCUGCUUGGGUAUGAGCUGUCUCCUGCCAGGCUGUCUCAGCUGGCACCCACGGGCACCUGAAUGGGCUGUGUUGGGCCAGCCCUGCAAGGGAGCAGUGGUGUGCUGCUCAAGGCAGCCCAUGUCAUGCAGCGCCAGUAUCAUCUGACAGGAGCCCUCAGAAACAGGACAGGUAGUGCUGAGGAAGGCACAGCCCUCUUGCAAGCUGAAAUACUGCCAGGCCCCUUGUAACUCCUCUCUGUGACUACUAGGAGGGGUUUGUCCUCAUUUCUGAUGGUGUUGGGAUAUUUCUUCUGGGGCCUUUGGGAUGGUUGCCUCCCUGCCCCAGUACUGGAUGGGGUAGUUCCUGGCUGUUUCUUGAGGCUGUCAUUUCAGAUGCCAUGUCCCUAGGGAGCAAGCAGAUACCCUUGCUCCCUGGUCUUGUGGUUCUGAGCCAGUUCAAAGAGACUCUGAAGACCAUCUAAGGUCUCCUCAUGCCCUUCUUCUGCCCUGGGUGAUGCCCCCUCCUCUUACUGUCAGACUUGGGGUUACAAACAUGUUUUGUACUUUCCUCCUGACGAUCCAGGGGUCUUUUUGACCGACUUACCAAGCCGUCCUUUCUGGUCUGGCCACAGACGACCAAGCUCCUUCACCUCUGCAGUGUGCACUUCUGCCUCACUAUUUGCUCCCCUUUGGGGUCCUCUGGGCCUGAACUGGUCCUUCUCAUAUGUCCUCAUAGGUGAAACUGGAGAUGGACAAGGCUGGAGCUGUGCUGUAGCUGGUUCAGGAGCAAUACAAGAUCCAGGUCCUCCUUUCUUCUCCCAUUCACUCUGAGGCAGGCAGCUGGCACCAACCUCAAAUCAGCCAUUGUAGCGUUUCUUGAUACAACAAAGGCUAAGCUCCUCACAGUGGAUGUGAGGACAGGCUACCAAGCCUGGGGUGACCAUAGGAAGCAGCCACGAUACUGCCUUCUCUACCAUUGCUAAAGCACGGCUAAGAGGCAAUAGAUUGGUCAUGUCACUUAGCCUUUGUACUAGGUCUGUUCCUGCCUGUGCUGGUCUGGUGUUCAGCAAUCAGUGUCUCUGCCAGGGGCUUCUGUGUCACCUCAUGGGCACAGAGGGCUAAGCAGUGGGGUAAAAACCCCCACAACCCAAACCCUACUACUGGCUUGUAGGGUUGCAGAGCUGGGUUCCACAUGGUGUAAAGAGAGCUGAGAAGUGAGCACUCAGGCAGGAGGGAGAUUGGGAGAGGGGACUGGAGCUUCAGCAGAAAGAUUAUUUUUUUAAUACAUGGAUGGAUGAUGUACCUUUAUCAAAUAAAACAAGCCCAGAAACAGUGUA